UACCAAAGAGACAUAGAAAACAUGAGGCAUCCAAGUACUUUUUCAACUUAUUUUCUUCUUCUUCUUCUUGUUCCCAUUAAUGCAAAACCUAAGGUCCCUGCAAUUUUCACCUUUGGCGACUCUAGUCUUGAUGUUGGAAAUAACGACAAUUUUAUCACUCUUGCUAAAGCAAACUAUCGUCCUUAUGGUAGAGAUUACGAGAAUCAGAUUCCCACAGGAAGAUUUUGCAAUGGAAAACUCACUAUUGACUAUGCAUCUGAAACUCUUGGAUUUUCCUCUCCCCAACCUCCUUACGUCACCUUAAGUAUCAAAGGAGAUAACCUCUUGAACGGUGCCUGCUUUGCCUCAGCUGGUUCUGGACUCGAUGAUGCUACAGCACAACAAUAUAAUACAAUUUCAAUGAAUGAGCAACUAGAAUUCUUCAAGGAUUAUCAAAGAGAAUUGAUGAAAAUAGCAGGAAAACCAAAGGCACUAUCUAUUAUAUCUGAUGGUAUAUACUUUAUUGGUUCGGGGAGUUGUGAUUUUUUAUUAAAUUAUUACAUAAAUCCAGUGCGUUACAACGCGUAUACACCUUAUCAAUAUUCAGACAUUCUUGUGCAAUCCUACUCUGAUUUCAUUCAGAAUUUAUAUGCACUAGGAGCAAGAAAGAUUGGAGUGACAACGAUACUUCCAAUAGGUUGUUUGCCUGCCGCCAUCACAAUAUUUGGGUUUCGUAGCAUUAACAAAUGUGUGACCAAAUUAAACAAUGUUGCUAUUUACUUUAAUCAGAAGCUCAACUCAACAACUCUGAACUUGCGAAAAAAGCUUCCCGGUGUCAAUUUGGUGGUUCUUGAUACUAACCAACUUUCCUAUAAUAUAGUCAAUAAUCCCUCUCAAUACGGAUUUAUUGAAGCAAGGAGGAGUUGUUGUGGGACAGGCUUGAUAGAGGUUUCAUUACUUUGCAAUCAAAAUUCCAUUGGAACAUGUGUUAAUGCAUCUCAAUAUGUGUUUUGGGAUAGUUUUCAUCCCACAGAUGCCUUUAACAAGAUUAUGGCUGCUCAUUUGGUUUCACAAGCCUCCCCUAUUCUAUCCUAAAUAUCCAAAUAUGAAAUACUCCAUAUGUAAUAUUUAUCUUUAAGACUCUCUUUGCAAUGUUAUGCUAAGAAUAAGGUGGAAGUCAUAUGCCUAUUUGGUAUAGUUGAAUUGAAACCAAAGUUUCCUUUUUAGAGGGUAUGUUUUAAAAGUUAAGUGUAAUAUUUACCAAGAAAAAGACACUUCUUU